UUCGUUGUACAGAGAUCUGUACAAGCGGCACUUAGUGGGAGGGAAAAUAUGAGUAUGAAGUUUACAACAACAAUCAGUGAAAGAGUGAAAUAGUGUGAAGAAAAUGAAGGUCUAAAAACUACUUUAGUUCCAAUGGAAGAAUAGACUUGAUUUAAGGUCCUACGGCGGCCAGGUUUGGCGCAGUUCCAAGUAAAACAUCUGUUUAUGAGAUCAGCAAAAAGAAACUUACUAAUAUUCGGGAGUGUAUUCUUCAUUCUUAUCUAUAACUAACUUAAUAGCGAAAACGAGCCUACUAAACUAUUGGAUAUUAAUUACUUUGCAAGAUGCAAGCAAUCGUGAUUGUAAUAUUUUCCACAACAGUCAUGGCCGCCGUACUGAGGGCAAUGCUAUUCUCUUGGACCAAAUGGGCGACAUUGGAUGUGAUUCUUGAAUAUGAAUGGUUCAUUAUGGGGCCGAGUAUAGCCAUAAUGGUAAUAGUCAUAGCGUUCGGGGUGCUAAAUCGAAAGGAUUCGGAAUCCGUGCUACGAUUGGCAAUUUUUUCCUUCUCGUUUAUCAUGCUGGUGGAGGUGGCGGGAUCUUUCCUCGUAACGGAAUCGUAUUCAUUGCUUUACGAUAAUAUGUACCUUUUGUUCCAAAACUAUAUUUCAAAUGCCAACAAAAUCAGCGAAUUUCAAUGGCGGUUCGAAUGUUGUGGUUUGCAAUCUUUCCGGGAAUACCAGCUCCGCAAUAUAACUUUGCCCCCAUCUUGUUGCAGUUUUUCAGCUGAUUUGAAUGAAUUUGUUUGCGACGCAAAGUAUACUUACAGAAAAGGAUGUUACGAACAAAUUGAACCGGUGGCUUUCUAUGCGAGCAUUGUAAAAUGGUGUAUACCUGCUUUCGCACUUGUUCUACUGAUUCCCAUUGACCUCCGUAGAGGCUUCGAAGAAAUGUUGGGAGUUCAAAGGAAACGAGUUGAUACGACUGAUAGUGAAACUCAACCCCUUGGUGUUCAGACAGAAAAACCAUAGAUGCUGUUGCAGUCCUGUGGGUGCUUCCAAAUGGUUUUUUUAAGGUGUUGAAAAUAGGUUUAAGAUUUAUAUAAUUGUAAGCAAUUAUCGAAAUAAAACACUAUACAAACAAGAGAAAAGGAAAGAAACGCAAAAAUAUAUUAUAGGACCAAAAAAUAAUAACAAUUUAAGUUAAGUAAUUUAUAUUUAUAUACUUUAAGUGGCCGUUUAGUUUUAAUA